AUGGAAGCAGAAGAUCCCGUACCCAAGAAGAACAGUCGCGUAGCUGUCGGAUGUACUGCAUGCAGAGUGCGCCAUGUACGAUGUGACAAAGAACUACCAUCAUGUUCGGCAUGCGUCAAGGCGGGCAUAGACUUGGAGUAUAUUGACGAAACCGAUCGAGUAUCACAGGAUUAUGAGGGCCAAGGGCAGGAAGACAUACCUCUAACUGAAGACUUGACAUUCGUUCCUGAUACCACAGAAAUAGACCAACAUGCGUCUACACUGGCGCAAAUAUCACCGGCCUCACAUGUAUCCCAGGCCAUGGCAUCGUUGCCAGGAAACUCUCCAGCGAGUGCCCAAAUGACUCGGCGUCUUCGUUACAGCUCCGAGCUUGUUCGAUCCCCCGAUUCACCAUACUCUCGCGCACCAAUGCAAUUCACAACACGCGAGGCGGAGCUUGUCAAGAACUUUACCGAAAACAUGGCUUUAUGGGCUGACGCGACAGAUAUAAAUCGCCACUUCGAGUUGGAAGUUCCCCGCCGGUCGUUGUACUUCCCCGUGCUACGAUAUGCAGUUUUCGCCUUCUCUUCGCGUCAUCUGAAUCGAGACAAGCCAGAUACGUCGACUGAGGCACUGGAGUAUUACAAUUCUUGUCUCAGUGUCUUGAUAGAGGCUGUUGAUAAAGCUAGUGGACAUAUCGAUGAGGAGACUCUUGCCGCUAUUGCUAUACCGCGGCAGUACGAAGAGAUGGAUGCGGAAGAUAUGGAAAUGCACUUGACAGGAACAUCCAGGAUCGUCAACUCAAUGUCAGAGUUCGACUUCAACGGCGGCCUCGGUGAGGCUGCAGCGUGGCUGUGUUUACGACAAGACAUUUACGUCUCGCUGACAAGAUUGCGGCCUUUGAGAUCAAACCUGGAGAAUUACCUCCAGUCUGAUAUCUUUCGGCGCACUGAUGAUGCAGCCUACGCAAACAAGAUGGUCUUCCUUCUUGCUCGAUCUCUGAGCUCCAUCUACCCGUCCGAUUCAUCCAUCUCUAACGAAAGCCUGGAGAGCAUUCGACUGGAAGUUGACAGUUGGUUCGACUCCAAACCAGCUGCUUUCAACCCCAUCCUAGAAACCGCUAGAAAUAAGGAUGAAGGGAAAUUGCUACCUACUAUUUGGGUCCUCUCACCUUUUCACUCGGUAGGUUUACAAUACUACCAUAUUGCCAAGAUCGUCCUGGCAAUGUCUUUACCUAUUGCUACGGAUUCAGUCUUUGAGCAGAUCCGAGAGAGCAAGAAGGUUGAGCGAACGAUUCGAAACCAUUUGCUCCAGAUAAUAGCGUUAGCAAUCUCACAUGCAAAAGCCGAAAAUGCGUUGUUCACAGCUCGGCAUUCACUAUCAGUUUGGGGCAGCGUUUUCACCGAAAGGCUGGAUCAGACUAUGGUUCUCGACUUUCUACGACAUAUACAACAAAAGACUGGCUGGCAAACAGAUUCAUUGAGUUUAUCAUUGCAGCAACAAUGGACGCAAGACUCGAAUGAGGACUGACAGUCAAUAAUACCUAACACCUAUUGAUAUAUUCUCUCCCAAAUAUAUAAUGCAUCACAGCUUGGGCUCCU